UGACACCGCAAUUCAGUUGUGAUUCGACCGCGGAGCGAGAAACAUCGUGGUUGGAACACUCUCUUUAUUAUUAGACUGAUUAUUUAUAAUGAACCUGUGAUUUGUGUUUUACGUGUAAGAUACUGUGCAUUAAAUAAAAUGUGGGGUGAAAGCAGCAAGAACUGUGAGAUUAACUGCCAGUGUUCCGGGUUAAUAACUGAGAGUUUUAAAAUAAACUCCGGCAACAACGCUACGAAGAGGAAACAGGAAGAAGCUCUCACAAACAACUUCAGAAUUAAAAUGAUGCCACUGUCCCUGGACUUCAACAGAAAACAGUCACCAUUAAGUUCGCCUAUCGCCACACCAUCAAAGAGAAGAGUCCUCGGUGAAAUUCAAAAUUCUCCAUUAUUCAGACCCAAAGACUCGCCCACAAUUGAAAGAUUAAAAAACACACCGUUAAUAGACAAGAAGUCACCUUUGAUUGAUCGUAACUCACUCUCCCCUUUAACAAGUCGAACAGACAGAUCCAAGCGGUCUUCAAAGAUAUCACGGAUAUUUGAAGAACGCUCUAAAUUCAAGAUGUCAAACAAAGAGAACGAUACCUCAUUGAUGAGUGAGACUUUCUUGAAAAUAGAUGUUGACGAGGAGACUAGGGAUUGCUCGUUCGGGGAUAACUUCCCGUUGUGCUCGGCAACGAAGCUUGCCAACUGGUCGAUGGCUAAGCUCGACUUCACGGAUGCACUUCAAACGUAUGGAAUGGACAGAACUGACAAUGUCAAAGAAAAUAUUGACAUGUACGUGCCGGAGAAAGAAGUGGACAUUGACCCUGACUUUGAAACGUUACACGAUUUGGAGGAGGAGUUUGAAUCUCACAACUUCGAUGAAUGCACCAAGUAUGAAAUUAUAUCAACGGACAGUCCCAACAUCAUAUCGUCUGGACGAACAACAUCAAGGAAGAUAAAUUCAAGGAAUUUCGAAUUCGGUGCACCAUUAUCUGAAAAUGAACAGUCAACAUCCUUCAAUAAACCAAAUGCUAACGCUACAAGAAUGUUAAACUUCGAAGAUGAGAUCUUCGAGUUCACUUCACCAGCUGCUAAACGACCUUCUCAUAAUGUGUCCGUGAAAAAAUCUUUGAAGUUCACUGAAACACCGACCAAGAAUGUAUUACGGCAUGAGAAAAGUGAUUCCAGUAUUGGUUCUAUGACAUCAUCACCAUCUUCAACUAAGUUAAGAAUAUAUCCUUCAGGCUCAACGACAUCCAUGGAAAGCGGUUUUAUAUCUGAACUAGAAGAACCAUUUUUAGAUAUUGAUGAUGUCUCAAACUCUCCUAAAAUGGCCAAUUUUAAUGAACUCCUCUCAGGACAGAUUAAAGAUAGCUUCGAAAGCGAAUUCAGCUUACGAAGGCCAUUACAAAGAAGUUUGAGCUUCAACCCUGAAGCGACAAAGGCAAGAGUGUCACUGUUCGCUAUAAAUGAGAGUCCCGCUAAGAAAUGUAACAAACGGGGUGAUAGAAAUGAAACAGAUAACAUUUCAAACAAACGGAGGAAGUCGAACUGUGAGAGUCCCAAAGUGGAGAGAUUGCAACGACCAGUUUUGCAACGGGCAUUCUCCGAGAACAAUGCUUCUAUCAUGACGGCCUUAGCAAGAUCGGUUGUAGAACCAGAUUUAAUCGGCGACUUCUCGCUACCGUUCGCGCUUCCCCUCACACACGGUGACCACACAGAUCUGAAGUCAAUAUCUUGUGAUACGCUCGCUUCACUCCUACAUGGGGACUACAACGACAGCAUCAAUGAUUUUCAGGUCAUAGACUGCAGGUACCCCUAUGAAUUUGAAGGUGGACACAUCUUGGGAGCGAGGAACCUGUUCACGCCGGCACAAGUACUGACUCUAGUUAGCCAGCCGUUACAACCCAAGGACUCGGACAAGCGGAGCAUACUCGUCUUCCAUUGUGAAUUUUCUUUGGAACGGGGGCCUAAAUUAUCCCGCUUCCUACGUUCUUCAGAUCGCGCGAAAAACAAGGAGAACUACCCAUCACUUCUUUAUCCGGAAGUGUACUUGCUGCACGAGGGCUACCGGGCCUUCUACCAGCGGUAUCCUGAUUUAUGCUCGCCAACGGGAUACACCGCCAUGCUGGAUCCCCAGCACAGGCAUUUAUUAAGAAAACACAGAUCAGUACAGCAACCGUCCUCUUCAACACAUCAGAGACGGAACAGGCUGUUGCUAUAAAUGUGCAAUCAUGUUUUUAUUAAAAAUAUACAGCAUUUACUAAACAUAUUGACGUUAAAAUGUUGACGGUCUACUAAAAAGACCACGGUCUACUCAAAAGACCGGACUAAAUUUCACUGUAAAAUGUAUUUUAAUGAUGGAAGCUAUCAUAUUUGGACUAAUUCGAUUCGGUCUACUGAGUAGACCGUCGGUCUUUCGAGUAGAAUGACAUCGAUGCAUUUAAUGACAUUAUCCUUUUGAAGAGAAACGUUUGAAAGGCGAGAAAUUAUAUUAAAAUUAUUCUAGUUUUUAUUGUAAAUAGAAGAAAAUUAUGCCAUAUUAUUUUUAAAAUUAAGUUAUAAGUACAAAGUAGAUUAAGACGAUCCCACCUUUGUAGAUUAAUCAGUUUAGCGUAAGUUAAAAUAAUGCAAUAUUUAAAUAAAAAAAAAAAUAAACAAUUAUUAUUAAUAAUAAAAAAAUUAAACUGCGAAAUAAUAUAAAAGAAAAACUUGACUUAAAAAAAACGUAUUUCAUUUAAUUAAGCUUUAAAAACUCAACUUGUGCCGUGUUAGACCCAAGAUAGAAUUAAAAUUAAUAUAAUAUUAGCUACGAGCCAUAUUAAGUAGGUUUUGAUAGUGAAAAUAUAGAUUUAUACAAGAUAAAUUGCAACGAUCGGACACAAAUUGGUAGACUAAUAAGUCCACCAGAUCAGUGAGCCAGUGUAACGCAUUGCAAACUGUCUAACUCAAGACUAUAAAUGUGUCAUACGAUAAAUGUUCCCAAGUGACGUCAUAAUAAAGGGAAUUAUCUUGGAGGAAUUUAGAGAAAAUCCCGCGACAAAGGGCCAAAAUAAUACGAAGUUUUGUAUAAAUUGUUAAUAUUCCCUUAUAAAGUAAAAAGCAUAACUUCAACAAGGGAAUUUAAACGUGAUGCUUUUAUGGCGGUAUUUCAGUUAGCGUUCUUCUAUGUAACAAAUAUAUGAUUCAAAUAUGGCAAAUCAAUUGCCAAAAUAAG